GAAACGCCGAAAUGACAUCGGAAUCCAUUGGCGAAGUGCCUCCUCCAACGCCCCCUAAGAUUGAUGGUAGUACAGAUAGACGGAGCCUGGAGGAACGGCUGAGCUGGGGAGGACAACCGCCUCCGACCCCACCCAAAGACAAGACAUUGCCGCUUCUUCCUCAAGCAAGCACACAACUGUCUGCGAGCCCGAUGAGCAUCAGCUCAGGAAGCAGAGAAGACGAGUCUCUCGGUCUCGCCGUGAAGAGGAGCUAGGAACACCUCUCGCAAAAGUACAUGGAUAACGCGGAUCAUCGACCUACUGGAUCUGCUAUGCUUGAGCUGUCACGCAAUCAACGCAUCAACUCGGCGGUCGCGGCCUCCUGAUGCCAUCUGAUGGAUUUGACACAGCGUCGUCGACACAAUGUUGCUGUCUUGUUUCCUUUGUACGAGCGACUGAUUGGAUGUGAAACUUUUUUGAUACGUCUUCGAUGCGAACCGCUUGUGCAUUGCGCCUUCGAGCGCCGAAUUCUCCUUGCACUUUUGGAGUCCGGAUGGCUUUUAUGGAUCUCACGCGCUCCAUGAAGCGCAUGCAUUGUCAUUUUGUAUCAGUUAUUGCUAGCGAGCACCAUACCAGGGCCAGACAGCAUGUUUCGUUAUUUUCUUUGUCGAAAGCGAAGUGGAGGAGGAAGCAUCGGUGGGAGCAUGCUCGAGAAGAUGUAAAUCUAGACAGAACGUCGUACUCUCACGAUGACUAAGGAACGUUAUUGCGCUUCGG